UGCCACCUAUCAGUGCCAGUCAGUGCCACCUAUCAGUGCGCCAAUCAGUGCCAGUCAGUGCCACCUAUCAGUGCCAGUCAGUGCCGCCUAUCAGUGUCAGUCAGUGCCGCCUAUCAGUGCCAGUCAGUGCUGCUUAACAGUGCCAGUCAGUUCUGCCUAACAGUGCCAGUCAGUGCCGCCUAUCAUUGCUGCCUAUCAGUGACAUGUAUCAGUGCUGCCUUUCAGUGCCCAUCAGUGAUGCCUGUCAAUGCCCAUCAGUGCCACCUACCAGUGCCUCCUCAUCAGUGCCCAUCAGUGCCACUUAGCAGUGUCCAUCAGUGCAGCCUAUCAGUGCCCAUCACUGCAGCCUCAUUA